AUGGACGUUGACAACCAAGGCGUCGAACCCAUGGACCUUGCUCCGGAUUACAACAUUGCUCCUCAGAGUGUCAAUUAUAGUGUUAUUGAACGAAUUUACAAUCUGUACUCAGCCGACAACGGUCGCAGCGUCAGUCCUACAAGCUCAAUGGAGGUGGAGUCCAGCUGCAGCGACCACGAGGAAUCCAGCUUGUUGCCCGAAUUUGAUGAUCGCUUCCAUGCUGCCACGCCUGCUUCCAGCUGUUCAUCGUCAUAUCGAUCAGCCUCACCAUAUCCCCUGUUCACGACAUGGCUCCCAAGUAACUUAAAUAAACUGCCUCUUGAGCUCGUCUAUGAUCUUUUCGACGAAGUACUCAUUGGAAACACUUCCAGACUAACACACAAAGGCUUCCAUGGCCUCCUUAGACUCCGCCUAGCAAACAAACACACGAAGGCAAUGGUAAGUUCCUACAUGAGACGCGAAUCGGUAUUGAGAUAUUUCCGACAACAGCUUCAGGACUGGAAUGACAAUCGGUGUGUCAGAUGGUACCAAACUCAUUCCGAAGCUAAAGUUCGCUUGCUGAACUCCGCGAACACCCGCAACCCCGAUGGAGAAGGUGAUGUGAUCACAGAGGUAAUUGCCGACGACUGUCUCGAGUGCUAUGAAUCACUUUGCAAGCAUAUGCCCGGUCUAUCCCGGGCCUAUGCCGGAUGCAACGAGGACGGGUUGACAUUUAUCUCCCUUGCUGUACGCUCUAGUUCCUACCGCAUCUUCGAACAUCUUUUCGUGCAACGCGAUUUUUCAAUCUCUUAUGUUCUCUCAGCUAUCGCUCUCAUUUCUUCAGCCGACUGUCGCAGGCCAAGCUGUACAGGACUGGGCAUGCUGGCCUACCAACAAGAUCCAGAAUUCGCCGAAAAGGUCCUCAACCUCGUAGGGCCUCAUAUGAUGACCAUCCGAGAUGUAUUGCACGAUGACAGUGUACCCUUUCGCACAGCCUUGUUCUCUAGGGAGAAGGCUCUACUUUGCAAGUAUGUCACUGUCCCCACCGCAGAAUGGCUAACCAAGCUAGGAAUUCGGCUUUGGAAAACCCACGACGGCGACGAUUCUCCAUGGCACGCUGCAGUUCACAAUGGACCGGAAUUCCUUGAGUACUUGUAUAAGCACAACCCCAAGGGAAUCGCCUGUCGGAAUCGUGAUGGCGCCCUCCCUAUUCACCACUCAAUGUGGGUGAACCGUCUCGACUCUUUCAUAUGGUUCCUUUCAAAAGGCCAGGGAAUGACCGUCGACGAAUGGGGGGUGGACGAGACUGGCCUUAUUGCUGCAUAUCUUUCUUCACCUGAAAGUGAGAUUAUGCUCGAGGAGCUUCUUCCUUGUCCCGAACCCCAUGAGCAUAAUUUCUAUAUCACGGGGGUGUUUUUCCGAUCCAUUGCUAUGGGUCUCAGGGAUGAAGUUCGUACAAGGGCCGUUUCUUCGAAUAUGGGUUAUGGCGAGUUUCUAAAAUUUCGAGAAGAGCAUGAGCAGCGGGCUAUUCGUAAGUGCAUUGCCGUCUCCAAUGUCUUCUUCCACAUUGGGUAUUCGGUGGGCUACUACCUGGACAUGGGCAAGAAGGCACAUGGACAUGCUGUUGAUACGGCCAAACAGUGGCAUUUUGGAGAGCUGGAACGGGCCAUUAAAUGGUAUCAUGGCAUUAUUAAUUUAUGCGAGUAG